AUGAAAACAUUAACUUUAAAUUUAAAAAUUACAACAUUCCUUCUUUUAAUUUGGAUGUAUCAAUAUUUUUAUAACUGUGAUUCCUAUAAAAUAUUGAUUGAUAAAUAUAUAUUGCAAACAAAAAAUGAGUUAAAAUAUGAAAGAAUAUUAACAGAGGGUGAUAUAGCCGGAAAAAUGCAAACAUACUCGGAAGGAUGCAUAGAAGAAUAUUCAUUAGAUGAUAAAAAAAACAAAUGGGAAAAUUUGCUACUACAGCAGAAUCCGUACGAUCGAUGGCAGAAAGUCACUAAUCCAUCAUUGUUGGAGCGAUUUAAAAAAGAAACAUGUGGAAUGGAUCCUAAAUGGAUAGAUGAAAAAUGGAAUAAUGAAUGGAAUAAUAUUUCAGCGAACAAAGUAAAUGAACUAUCUUCAAUAUUUGAUCGAAGUGAUAUUUCUGAAGAAGAAAAAGGAAAAUUAAUUCGCAGUGUUAUGAAAGAACUCUACAGAUUAUAUUUCAAUUUUAUAGGGGAAUGUAAGAAAGAGAUGAGUGAAAAUAAAACAGAAUCCGAAUCUAAGAUAGGGAUGAGUUACAAUAAAACAGAAUCCGAAUCUUGGAAAGAGAUGAGAGAAAAUAAAACUGAAUCCGAAUGUAUGAAAGAGAUGAGAGACAAUAAAACAGAAUUCAAAUCUAUGAAAGAUGUGAUAGACAAUAAAAAGGAAUCCGAAUCUGAAUCUGAGAAAGAGAUGAGAGAAAAUAAAGAAGAAUACAAAUAUAAGAAUGAGCAGGGAAAAAAUAAAAAAAAAAAAAAGAAAUCAAAUAUUUUGAAAUUUCUUUUUUGUAGGUGUGAUAACCAUUGA